AUGAGAAGCGCAAAAAGUGCGGCACCCACACUGUUUUCAUUUUCCCUCUACUUACAAACAACAAUGGCCAAACCGUUUCAGCAAGACUCCGACCGCCCGGUGUCCCACGCGAUGCUGCCAUCCCAAUCCGCAACAUCACGCCAGUCCUGUGACGGCCCCGAAAUGCAUGUUGUGCCUGUCAAUCGAGGCUUUAGUGUGAUUUGCAUGACAUCGCAAAGAAUGAUACAUAUUCUUGAUCAACUGUUGGGCCAGUCCAUGGUAGCAUCGGAUACUGUUGAGCGCUUAGAAGAGAUGGAAAGUCUGGUAGAAUUGAUGGGGCGUGAAGCUCAGCACAUAGCCAGGCAGCUGAAUAUGCCGAGAUAA